GCGUAACGCGCAGGCGCUGUACCAGUGCCUGCUUUUGAGGCCAGUGCGGCAGGAAAACCGCAGGGAGAGACAGAGAUUUCAGGGAGGAGGACAGUUAGAAAGUUAAAGAAGAGAGAAAUCUCCAACAUGGAAGACGAGGAGUAUUCCAGUCGCCCACAGUGUUCGACCAUAUGGAAUUCGGCGACCCCUCAUAUGACAAACGAGGAAGUUUGAUUGACAUUUCGAUAUUGUAACAUCCUUGGCAACCUGAGGAUAAUGUCAGGGAAUGGAUGAAGAACUACUGCGGAUGACUGGAUUAAGUCACUGGACUGAGUACUAACGCGAACACAUGGAGAUACCGCUCAAUAAUAUGUUCAACGUUUCACCGCCACACAUGUAACUGACGCACGUUGCUCUAAUUGUGCUAAACUCUAUCCGACAGAAGACCCACGAACAUUAAUGUUAAUGAAGAGAACAUUUUGCGCAUAGAGUUCUCUGGAAUGUCCUCGUCAUCCAUCAGUAUCGUUUCAUAGUUCACCGUCAGCCUUGGGGAAGAGGAAUAGCUCCAGUUAGAUGCCAGGAUGGGUGAUGCAGUGGAUAACAAGGAGACUAAAAGGACAUUCAUCGUGCCGGCCAUAAAAUCUUUUGAUCACUAUGAUUUCACAAGGGCUAAAAUAUCUUGUAGUUUAGCAUGGCUCGUUGCCAAAGCCUUUGGGUCAGACAGCAUCCCCGAGGACCUGCAGGAGCCCUUCUACAGGGACCAGUAUGACCAGGAGCACCUGAAGCCCCCCGUGGCAUCCCUGCUGCUGUCGGCCGAGCUCUACUGCCGCGCCGGGAGCCUGAUCCUGCGCAGCGACGCCGCCAAGCCGCUGCUGGGACACAAUGCCGUCAUCCAGGCCCUCGCCACGAGAGGUCUCUACGUCACCGACCAGGAGAAACUUGUCACAGAGAGGGAUCUCUGCAACACCCCCAUACAGAUGAGCUGCCACCUGGCGAUGAUUGACACGCUGAUGAUGGCCUACACGGUGGAGAUGGUGAGCGUGGAGCGCGUCCUCUCUUGCGUUCAGCGAUACUGUCCGCUCUUCCCAGACGAGGACAUUCCCUACGAUGCAGAGGAUGCUGUGACGAUCUGGCUAAACAAGGUGAAUGAGCAUCUGAGAGACAUUCUGGAGCAGGACCAGAGGACCAGAGAGGCACCCCCUGGGGAGAACACUGGAGCCCAGAAAUCUUCAGCCAAAUGGUACUGGAAACUGGUACCUUCGCGCUACAGGAGGGAGGACAUCAAGCCCAGGCCAGCUCACUGCCUCCCCCUGGUGGACAACCUGCUGAAGGACAACACAGAUGGCUGCGCCCUGGCUGCCUUGCUCCACUUCUACUGCCCCACCUCUGUCAGGCUGGAAGAUAUCUGCCUGAAGGAGACCAUGUCUCUGGCAGACAGCCUGUACAAUCUUCAGCUGGUGCAGGAGUUCUGCAGCGAGAACCUCAACUGCUGCUGCCACUUCAGCCUGGAGGACAUGCUCUACGCCUCUUCCUCCAUCAAGAGUAACUACCUUGUGUUUAUGGCCGAACUGUUCUGGUGGUUUGAAGUGGUGAAGCCUUCCUUUGUACAGCCCCGUUCCCUCGAUGCCAAAGUUUCAGAGCCGACACAGUCGUCAACAAAAAUGGCUCCCAUUUCCAAAAACAAACCUAGCUUCAUGGAGAGAUCAUGUAGUCCUGAGCCUUCAAGCUCACAACCAAAUGCAAAACCCUCAGCUCUAAUAAAGCGAUCUUCCUCUAUGUCUUAUGUGGAUGGCUGUGUGGGAACAUGGCCCAAAGAGAAACGGUCCUCUGCUCACGGCAUCUCCUUUGAGAUCCCCUUUGACGACGAGGUGGUGCCGGUUCAGCCAGGCAUGACCCGCUCCGCCAGCACAGAGGGCCUGGGCUUCAGGGCGCACCACACCAAGCGGGACAUACGGCGGAACCUCUCCUUCCAGCCCGUCAACGGCCAGGGCGGCUACAUCCAGGAGGAGGAGAGCAACGAGGCUGCGGGGACCAACAGACGAGCGGGAAGGCCUCGCAUCAGGACCGAUGCUAAGCAUUGUAAUGGACUGCUGUCAGAGGACCAUACCCCCCAGCCUAGCACCCCCAGCAUAGAGGAGGCCCUGAAGAUCAUCCACGACUCAGAGAGGACCCACGGCAGCCUCCCCUCAGGCAGUGGGGGCAGCAGCUUCUACCUGCACGCCGGGGAGACUGGCGAUGCUACCGCCAGUUCCAACCACGACAACGAUGAUGACCAGCCAGACGACAUCGACUCCAAAGCACGGGUGGAUGACGGUGACCUGAACUCUACAUCCACGGAGGUGGACACGGGCAUCCACGUUAAGACUGAGGACAUUCAGGAUGGCCAGGACGAGGACUCAUCACUGAAGGACUACUCAGACAUGGACCAGGACUACGAGGUGCGGUCGUGCCCGCUGCUGGAGUCGUCCAGCCCCUGCGCCACCCUGAUGGGUGCACGCUCGCUGGGCUGCGGCAGCCCGGCCUCGUCCACAGGCUCCGGCAUCCGCAUGACCAGCUUCGCGGAGCAGAAGUUCCGCAAGCGGAACCAGGCCGAGGGCCGGAACAGCGGCAGCGGGAGCAACACGCCCGAGAGCUCCGAGCUCAACCUGCCAAACGCAACAACAGCAGCAGCAGUGGCGACUCCGGCGCCAGCAGCGGGGAGACUGGUCGCACGGGACGCUCAGAGCCCCGGACUCCUGACCUCGCCCCGCGACCCUGGCCACAUCCUGGCCUCGGAGAUGGUGCAUCUGAAGAUGAAGCUGGAGGAGAAGCGCCGAGCCAUUGAGGCGCAGAAGAAGAAGGUGGAGGCGGCGUUCACACGACACCGCCAGAGGAUGGGCCGCACCGCCUUCCUCAACGUGGUCCGCAGGAAGGGCGGCUCCACCUCCCCUUCCCCCGUGGCCGAAACAGCAAGUUCCCUGAGCUUCAGCAAGCCCCCCUCGCCUUCACCAAUCGCGGACACCCCUUCGGCUCAGAGGCCAGCCCCCAGCAGUGUCGGUGGCGCCGGACUGGAGAGGUGCAAGCCAGACGGCGCAGCGCCCAAGUCCCCCGUGGAGGACAGCGGCGCUGAGGUGGACAUGACGGAGUACACGCGCACCAUCGACCGCCUCAACACGUCGCUCGGCUUCCUGCAGUCUGAGAUGCAGCGGCUGGCUAGCCAGCAGGAGUCCAUCAUGCAGAUGCGAGACAAGCAGGCCUGGGUCAUAUCCCCGCCGUCGCAGCCGUCGCCACAGAAGCAGCUGCGGGAGCUGCGCAGCAGCAGCGUCGCCGGCCGCGGAGGCUCCGUGGGCUCCCUCUCGCCCAUCCUCUCCUCCUCGGUCACUGGCGGCACCGGAUCCCCCCGCACCACUCACCGCUCUCCCAGCAUCAUCAAGAGGAAGUCGGCCUCCUUCCACGCCAGCACGCCGCGCACGCCCCGCCCCAGCGAGCUGAAGAUCACGCCCUUCCGCCGCAUGCUCAACACACCCCAGUCGGUGGACAGCCUGCCCCACCUGCGCCGCUUCUCCCCCAGCCAGGCGCAGACCACCUCCUUCGCCUACCUGGGCCACGACUCCAGGCCCACAGCGGCGGCAAGCGGCGAGCAGGAGGUCAAGGACAUGGGACAGGCUCCAGACCAAGCCAAAGACAAGGAUCAGGGGGCAGGCGCAGAGCUGGAGAAGAGCCAGGCUGCUCAGGCUGAGGGAAAAACAGCAGAGAAAAAAGAGGAGAGAAAGGGAGGAGAAAAUACCGGAAAGAAAGCAGCAAACGGCAGACCUGGAGCUGCUUCCAAGGUGCUGUCUCAGCCGGCGUCUGUGACGGCGACCAGCACAACCAGCGUCACGGAGCAGCAGACCCAGCCCAAAAAGGACCUGAUAGAGGUACCACUGUCUGUGCUGAAGCCCGUGGAGGGACAGGAGUCGGGCCUGGACUCGGGCCCAGACGGAGAACAGGGACUGGAGAACCAAGACCAAAAGAUGUGCUGUGGGUUCUUCUACAGGGAUGACCUGCAGGGGGAGGAGGAAAUGGCGCAGAAGCGGGCGGCACUAUUGGAGAAGAGGGAGAGGAGGGAGAGGGAGAUGCAGCAGAAGAGACAGGAGCUGGAGGCCGAGCUGGAGCAGAAGAAAGAAGCGGCACGGUUGAAGGCUGAGGAGGAACGUCAGAAGCGAGAGGAAGAGAAAGCACGUAGGGACUACAUCAAAAACGAGUUUCUGAGGAGAAAGCAGCUGAAACUGUUUGAGGACAUGGAAGGCGUCAUCAAGCCCCGCCCCGCCAGCUUCAAGAAGAAGCCCCGCCCCAAGUCUAUGCACAGAGACAUCAUGGAGUCCCCAAAGCCACCAAUCAAGGCCACAGGGUCGCGACCGCGUGGGUAUUCAGUAUCCAGCCUCUCACUUGCGUCUCUGAACCUUGCAGACAAUGAGAGUGUCCAAUCUGACAAGAGAACUCCUCGAAGCAGUAAAUUGUCUGCUGGCAAUUUAAGCUUCUUUUUGAAUUCUUCAAAAGUGAGAAAGGGAAGGCCAGACUCUGCAGAAGGAUACCUGUCUCCAUGUCAGUCUGUGAGUCGAAACGGAGAAAACUGGGAGAAUGAGUCCACCACAUCAUCUGUGGCAUCCAACACUGAGUACACAGGACCAAAGUUAUACAAGGAGCCAAGUGCUAAAUCCAACAAAUACAUCAUUCAGAAUGCACUAGCCCAUUGUUGUCUGGCUGGCAAGGUCAAUGAAGGUCAGAAGAACAAGAUAUUGGAGGAAAUUGAGAAAUCCGAGUCCAACAGCUUCCUGAUUCUCUUCCGCGACUCUGGGUGCCAGUUCCGAUCUCUCUACACCUACUGUCCAGAGACUGAGGAGAUCACACGUCUGGUCGGCUUCGGACCCAAGACCAUCACACUAAAGAUGAUCGAGGGUCUGUUCAAGUACAACUCAGACAAGAAGCAGUUCAGCCACAUCCCCGCCAAGACCAUGUCAGCCAACGUGGACGCCAUCACCAUCUUCGGUCACCUGUGGCAGACCAAGAAACAGGGAACGCCCAAAAAGUUUGUCUAAUCAGGACUACUGUUCUCUCCUCUGAUGUGAAGAGACAGACUCAUUCAACCAACACCUCACUGUAUAAAUUGGAUUUGCGAUACAGCCUAACAAGUUGUUCCAUUCACAGUAUUUCACCUAUUCCAAUCAUUUGGACAGUGUUUGACUUUAGUGACAUGAUCAAGUUGAAUGUAAAUGAAAAAAAAUCAUUAGGCAGGCUUCAUCUGAUGACCGUUAUGCAACACUAGUGUGAGUUUAGGCGUACUGUGUGUGUUGCACACAAGUGUUUGUGUGCAUGUCUAUGCCUAUGUGUGUGUGUGUAUGUGUGUCUGUGCCAAAAACAACAGGAGGGAAAGAUGCCUCAUUUGGUGGAUAGAGAUUUGAAGCACUGAAUGUCACUCUGUGUGGAUAGAACUAUGGUUUUUAUUCAUAUGUUGCCUUUGGUGGCCUUAGGCUUGUUUUUGUUCAGUUGUGGAUGCCUCGUCCCCUAUCACAGCUGGUGUGUCACCUACAUGAAAUAUGAGCUUCUAACUGUGGUAAACAGAAAUGUGUUCAAGCCUUAGGCCUAAAGGUUUUGCUUUUGGCAAGAGAUGGUUCAAUUGCGGGUUCAAAAGUGUGAGAGAAACUAAGACUUUUUUAACACAUUGUCAUUAUUUUUAAUAUUCACAAGGAGGUAGAUUACUGAGUGGGAAACAAAUAUAAUUUGGUUUACCAGCACUUCAAAUGUUUCCUUCUGUUGUGUGCACCAAUGGGAACUUUAAAAUCACUGAUUUCAUUACCCUUCAUCGCAGAGCAUUCACAAAGAACCUGAAUGUUAAAGAAAUGAAUAGUUGUUUGUAUAUAAUGGCGACUUCAUUGAAACGAGCUUACUUCACAUAGCAUUUGACGUGAAUAUGAGGCCUUUUCAUCCGAGAGAACUAAGUGUAUUUACAUACCACUGAUAGACCUUUUUAGCUUUAGACGAGUAAAAAACACUCUUACAACUCCACGAUUAUGCAGUCCAUCCUAAAUCCUAUAGAUAAUGUGAUGGUGUGAACAGAAAUGCCAGACCAGUUGUUUCGUAGCCACAGAACCAUCUAAAUACAUGUGACACCAUAAACAAUCCUAAAUAUCGUAUUAUGAUGCUUCCACAUAGUUGAUGCCUAUAACGUUGCUAAAUUAAUUGCUAACUUAUAUCGAGUAAACUGGUAAACGUGUGUUAAAAUAACAUGUUUCAUUUGCAGGGCUCUGUUUUAUAUGAUUCUUUUUUUCUGUUACCUUCAUGUCCUGAACAGUGAGAGAUGUCUUUAUUUUUUAUCUAUUAGGUCACUUCCUUUGUUUUAACUUGUUUAUGAUGUACAUAUAUAGUUUGUCAUAUGAAAGUAUUUUGGAAAGCCAUUUAUUACAUAUAAUUUACAUAAAAAUGAGAAAACUAUGUAGAUUGUUAUACAAAAUGGAUCAUUACCUUUGUGUACAGCAAAGCAGAACCAAGAGAGUGUGACAGCGAAGAAGAGAGGUAUUGAACUAAGAAGACAGAGAUGUAUUAAGAUGGAAUAAGAGUGUCAGACGUUGCUUCUUCCACAUCCAGCAUUUCAUUUAAAUCUGGUUUGUUCAUUUUAUCAUCAUUUUGUAUUUGUUCCAUGUUAUGUUUAACCUGUAUAUAAAUACAGAUUUACAUCAAACAAA